AUGCCCUCCCCACCACCCACGCCCGAAGAAGCCCAGCGCCGCCAAACCGAAGCGCGCGCAGCCGUCACCGCAUCCCUCGCCAGCGUCGGCGCGUCCGUCGACAACGAGAUGCGCACGCGCACCGCCGACCUGCACGCCAACUCUGCCGCAAUCGCAAAGCAGGAAAAGGAGCUAGCGAAGCAGACGGCGGCACUGGCGAAACAGACUGCCGAGUGGGAUAAACUGCUUCAGGGCGGCACGAAGAAGUUGAAUGAGGUGGGGGAUAUUCAGAACUGGGCGGAGAUGAUUGAGAGGGAUUUGCUGGUGUUGGAGGAGACGGUUAGGUUGGUGGAUGGGAAGGGGAGGGAGAGGGAGGAGUCGGCGAGUGGGACGGGGGGUUGGUAG